GAACUUCCGGUGAGAGGCGGAAACAGUCCGGAGCUCGUUAGCUGAAGCUAAAGCUAACGUGAUGUCUACGGCUUCCAAAGUGGUUCUGGGAGUUUCUGUGGUUCUGACUUUGAGUACUGUGGUAGGGGUCCACCUCAAGCAGUCCUGGGAAAGGGAGCGCCUCCAUCAGGGUGUGGUCCGGGAUCUGGAGCAGACAGAGAGGAAGAAGGAGAACCUGAGGCUGCUGGAAGAGCAGAGGCUUCUGACUAAACUCCUGGAGGAAGAGAGGCGGAGCUCCACCCAUAGGACACCUGAGGCAGGUGAGUCGUGUACCUGAGGCUCCGCCAUGGACAGUAGCGGCGAGCAGCUGGCGGUGCCGG